GUCAGCUUUGAAGUUUAAAAGCAAUGGAGAAGACUCAAGAAAGAACUCAAAAUAUUCUUCUAGAACCCUACAAAUACUUACUUCAGUUACCAGGUAAACAAGUGAGAACCAAGCUUUCACAGGCAUUUAAUUAUUGGCUCAAGGUUCCUCAAGACAAACUACAGAUUAUCAUUGAAGUGACGGAAAUGUUGCAUAAUGCCAGUUUACUUAUUGAUGAUAUAGAAGACAACUCAAAACUUCGACGUGGCUUUCCAGUGGCACACAGCAUCUAUGGAGUUCCUUCUGUCAUUAAUUCUGCAAAUUAUGUGUACUUCCUUGGUCUAGAGAAAGUCUUAACUCUUGAUCACCCAGAUGCAGUCAAACUUUUUACUCGCCAACUUUUGGAACUUCAUCUAGGGCAAGGCCUAGAUAUUUAUUGGAGGGAUAAUUACAUUUGUCCUACUGAAGAAGAAUAUAAAAGUAUGGUGCUACAAAAGACAGGUGGACUAUUUGGAUUAGCAGUAGGUCUCAUGCAGUUGUUUUCUGAUUACAAAGAAGAUUUAAAGCCUUUACUUGAUACACUUGGUCUCUUUUUCCAAAUUAGAGAUGAUUAUGCUAAUCUACACUCCAAAGAAUAUAGUGAAAACAAAAGCUUUUGUGAAGAUCUAACAGAAGGAAAAUUCUCAUUCCCUACUAUUCAUGCUAUUUGGUCAAGACCUGAAAGCACCCAGGUGCAGAGUAUCUUACGCCAGAGAACCGAAAACAUAGAUAUUAAAAAGUACUGUGUACAUUAUCUGGAGAAUGUAGGUUCUUUUGAAUACACUCGGAAUAUUCUUAAAGAGCUUGAAUCUAAAGCCUUUAAACAAAUCGAUGAAUGUGGUGGAAACCCUGAACUGGUAACUCUAGUAAAGCACUUGAGUAAAAUGUUCAAAGAAGAAAGUGAAUAAUAGGCC